AUGAGCUACGAUCGCGCCAUCACUGUCUUUUCCCCGGACGGACAUCUCUUCCAGGUCGAGUACGCUCAGGAGGCCGUGAAGAAGGGCUUGGCGGCUGUCGGUGUGCUCGGUGGUGACUGCGUUGUCAUUGCGGUGGAGAAGAAGUCUGCUGUCAAGCUGCAGGACAGUCGCACCAUCCGUAAGAUCUACAAAGUGGAUGCGCACAUCUACCUCGCCUUCGCCGGCCUUUCCGCCGACGCGCGUGUGCUCAUCAACAAGGCUCAGCUCGAGUGCCAGCGCUUCUCGCUCAACUACGAGGAUACCAUGGACGUGGACAUGCUCGUGCGCUACGUCGCCGGGGUGCAGCAGAAGUCGACGCAGAGCGGCGGAAGCCGCCCGUUCGGGGUGGCCACAGUGAUUGGGGGGUUCAACGAGGACGGCAAGCCACACCUAUGGAAGACCGACCCAUCUGGCAUGUGCUCUGCCUGGCGUGCCGUCGCCAUCGGCCGCCACGACCAGACGGUGAUUGAGUACAUGGAGAAGAGCUACAAGGAUGGCAUGUCGCGCGACGAGUGCGUGCACUUCGCGAUCAAGUCGCUGCUGGAGGUGGUGGAGAGCGGCUCGCGCAACAUCGAGCUACUGGUGCUGCAGUACAAGGAGGAGCGCUACCUGACCGAGGAAGAGCUGCAGAAGUUCGUCGUGGAGGUGGAGAAGGAAAGGGAAGAGGAGGCGGCGAAGAAGAAGCGCCAGGCAGAGCAGGAGUAG